GGCCACGCUUUGCGUGGAAUCUCGUCUGCGUUUACGCGUCUCAGGUGUGUCUGCUGCAGCGUAAAUACGUGUUGCGGGGGCCGCGGGAGUCUAUGGGAAGACGCCGGAGGAGCCCAAAGCCGGGAAAUGGUUUGUGUGAUUUUGCUGGAUUCUUCAACCACUGGGGUCAUUUAAAAUAACAUCGUGUGGUCCAAAACAAUGUGACUGGGAGCAGAGACCUGAGGGAAGAGAACCUCAAGAUGUGAGAUGAAUGUGUUUACAUUUUCAGGACCCAGUGGCCUUUGAGGAUGUGGCUGUGAACUUUACCUUGGAGGAGUGGGCUCUGCUGGGGCCUUCACAGAAGAAACUCUACAGAGAUGUGAUGCGGGAAACCUUGAGGAACCUGGCCUCAAUAGGGGAAAAAUGGGAAGACCAUAACACUGAAGAUCAGUACAAAAACCAGGGAAGAAAUCUGACAAGUCAUACAUUAUGGAGAUGCUGUGAAAGUGAAGAAGGUAGUCAGUGUGGCGAAAACAUCAGCCUUAUUCCAAAUCUUAAUCUGAACAAGAAAAAUUCUACUGCAGUAAAACCAUGGGAGUGCAGUGAGUGUGGAAAAGUCUUGAUGAGUCGUUCAUCCUUUAAUAGGCACGUUAGAUCUCACACUGCACCCAACCCAUCCAGGUAUCAGGAAUGUGGAAAGAAGCCUUAUAAAUGUAAGGUAUGUGGGAAAGCCUUCAGUUAUCUCCAGCCUUUUCAGAAACAUGAAAGUAAUCAUGGUAUAGAGAAAUCCUAUAAAUGUAAGGAAUGUGGGAAAUCCUUUAGAUAUCGCCAAUCUGUUCGAAAACAUGAACGGACUCACACUGGAGAAAAACCCUAUCAAUGUAAACAAUGUGGGAAAGCCUUUCGAUAUCAUCAAACCUUUCAAACACAUGAAAGAACUCACACAGGGGAGAAACCCUAUGAAUGUAAGCAAUGUGGUAAAGCCCUCAGUUGUCCAAGUUCCUUUCGAAGUCAUGAAAGGACUCAUACUGGAGAAAAACCCUAUGAAUGUAAAAAGUGUAGUAAAGCCUUCAGUUGUCCCAGUUCUCUUCGAAAACAUGAGAGAACUCAUACGGGAGAGAAACCUUACGACUGUAAGGAAUGUGGGAAAGCCUUCAUUUCUCUUGGAAGCUUUCAAAGACACAUGAUAACACAUACUGGAGUUGGACCUUAUAAAUGUAAGGAAUGUGGAAAAGCAUUCAAUUGUCCCAGUUCAUAUAGAAUACAUGAAAGAUCUCACACUGGAGAAAAACCCUAUGAAUGUAAACAGUGUGGUAGAGCCUUCAGUUGUUCCAGUUCCUUUCGAACACAUGAAAGAACGCACACUGGAGAGAAACCUUAUCAAUGUAAGGAAUGUGGAAAAGCCUUCCAUUGGCUCACCACUUUUCAAGUCCAUGUGAGAACUCACACUGGCGAAAAACCCUAUAUAUGUAAGCAGUGUGGUAAAGCCCUCAGUUGUCCCACUUCAUUUCGAAGACACGAACGGACUCACACUGCAGAGAAACCCUAUGAAUGUAAGCAAUGUGGGAAAACCUUCAGUUCUCCUCUAGGUUUGCAAAUACAUGAAAGAACUCACACUGGAGAGAAACCCUACAAAUGUGAGAAAUGUGGGAAAGCAUUUGUUUCUCUCACAAGCUUUCGAAGACACAUGAUGACACACACUGGAGAUGGACCUUAUAAAUGUAAGGAAUGUGGGAAAGCAUUUAAUUGUCCCAGUUCAUUUCGAAUACAUGAAAGAACUCACACAGGAGAGAAACCCUAUGAAUGUAAAAUAUGUGGUAAAGCCUUCAGUUGUUCCAGUUAUGUUCAAGUACAUGAAAGAACUCAUACUGGAGAGAAACCCUAUGAAUGUAAGGAAUGUGGGAAAGCCUUCAUUUACCGCACAACCUUUCGAGGUCAUAUGAGAAUGCACACUGGUGAGAAACCGUAUAAGUGUAAAGACUGUGGGAAAGCCUUUAGUCGACCCAGUUCAUACAGAAGCCAUGAAAGAAUUCACACUGGAGAGAAACUUCUUCAAUGUAAGCAUUGUGGGAGAGCCUUUAAUUGGCCCACAUCCUUACAUAAACAUGUCAUGAGAAUGCACACUGGAUAAAUUAUAAGUGAUAAAUACAAGAGAGAUACAAGAGAGUUUCCUAUCUUAACAAAUACUGGGCUGGCCAAAAAGUUCAUUCGGGUUUUUCCGUAACAUCUUACAGAAGAAUGAACUUUCUAGCCAACCCAAUACAUUCAAAGUCAUGUGAAAACUCUACUGGAGAGAAAUGCUAUAACAUAUAAAUAAUAUGGGAAAGCCUGAUGUAGAUUAAUUCACAUAUGCUCCAGAAAAUUCAUAACAUGAAACAAAUGUUUUAAAAGUUAAAAAUAUAUCAUCUUUAUCAGUGGCUUAUUCUGAAGCUCUAAUUAUGGAUUCUACUUGUUAAUUUUGCAAAUGAACACUGAGCUGAAAAUUCUGUAAGUACUCUUUAAGCAAUAGUACAUAAGCUUAGUAGGUAGUAUUUUUCCUUAAGUCAGCUUAUAGAAUUUUUGUCUUUCCAUUUUGAAAUCUGUUGGGUCCAUGGGUGAACUGGAGUAUAAUUGUAAUGUGCCAAUAUUAUAUAAUGUGCUAAAAUAUAUAAUUUUUAAGUUGUCCUGUAAGUAAAGGGGGCAUGGAAUAAUGACACUGCGGUAGUUGUUGGGAUUUUCCUAUUGGCUUCAUGUGGCAGGUACUGGAUAUUUCUUACCCAUUGUAAAUAUGCCUCUUUUAUUAGAAAAACUUUCUUCUUUUGUCAGAAGAGCCUUCUUCCAUUUUCCUUGCUAAUAGUUGGCAUAAAUUCGUAAGUAUGUGAAGUUUAACAGAGUAUAAUCUCACUUGACUUAGUAUUCACAUCUUUUCUCUUUACUCUUUAUCAUUUUCUCUUUACUCUUUGUCAUUCCAUCUGACUGGGAUUUGGGUAAGAGACUUUAAGAAAAGAGACCCAUGUUGACAUCAACUGCAUACUUAAACAAAACAACCUUACAUUGUUUGCAAGUGCAGUUAUUUUAAAUUCGUAGCUACAAUAUCUCUGCACUGAAGCAACAUUUUUCCCCCACCAAUGCAUUAAAAAUCCUCUUACAUUAUUCUGAUAUCACCAGUUAGGGUCUCUUUUACCCAUAAUGCAAUUAGAAUAAUUAUAUCACUGAAGUCAACUAUUGGUAUUACCAUCCCUUCAUUCAUAUUAAGCACCUACUAUGUGCCUGUGCUGUAAAUACAACAAUGAACAUAACUGAUGUGGUUACUGCUCUCACAUUGCAGUCUGUGAGAUUAAAUAUAAACAUCACAUUUCUAGCUACUUUUUUAAAGUGUUAUUAACAUUUAAGCUCUGAUUCAUUUUGUAAUAACAUUGUACGUUAAUGGGCCGAUAAGUCUUUAUAUUUGCAAAAAGAAGAGAGACCUGUUACAGGACACUAAAAUGUAGAAUUGGAGAUGCUCUCCUGGAAUGUGUUAUGUUAACAUGGGUAAUAUGUUGUGACCUACAUUUUCUAGAACCUGUUCUUUUCAUGGUUCCAUGUUAGAAUUCACCACUAGCCUCCCUUGCAUGACACUUGGAAGGCAAAGUGAAAAAGGCCUUAGUUCUUGAGCCACACAGGAGUUUCACAUAUACCUGGUUCUAGCCCAUUUUCCUGAUUCUUUGCCCUGCCAGUCCAAAGUAGCCUCAUUACCACCAGCUACAUGACUUCCAUUUUCUCAGACCUGUUGGUUUCCACAGAUGCCUCCACAAGUUCCACAGCAAAGAUCCCUCACAGUUUGGAUUUUCCUGCAAGUCCUCAUGUGUCCACCAGGCAACAAAUUUAGACUGCUGUGGUUGAGAACGUUUUCUGAAGCACUGGCUCACCUCUAUAUUGUAUUUGUAUAAGGUCUAAUUUGUGUAGUAAACACAUUGUUCUGUUGAUACUGCUAGUGACUGUGUGUUCCUGAUUCCACUAUAGCAGCUACAGUGGUGCAGUCAGAAGAAACCACGUGGUCCUGUAGUGAGUUCCUCUACUGCACUGUGCAGUGACUUCUGUGGCCCAAUCCUUCCAUGUGCAAAUUAGCACCUUCCUCUUAUCGGAUAGAUUGUGGAUAUUUCCAAUCACUCACAAUUCAACAUAAUUCCUCAGUACAUUUUCAGUUAUGAUUGAUUGUAUGUGAUUGAAAACAAUGUUCUUUUUUUGUCAAAUGUUUCUAUAGAUUUUUCUUAGAAAUGUUUUAUUAACUCUUUCAAAAAAACUUGUAUACUAACAAAUAUUAUCUUUUCCAUUUCCUAGUAGGACAUAUUGAAACAUCCCAUUGCAAUUGUGGAUUUUUUAGAUCAACUUUGUGGGUUUUUUUCAAGAUAAUCAUUAUACAUUUUGAUUCAGUAUUACCAUGUAUAUUCU